CCCGUAGGAAACGUCAUCAGCGUCUCAAUACCCAACAUGGCGGACUUUGAUACCAUUUAUGAGUUGGAAGACGAAGACGAUGAGCACGUAGUAAACGAUGAGCACUUGCCCAGAUACUGUCCGGAGCCCGUGGUCAUGCGAGGGGCAGGCCACAUCACAGUGUUUGGACUGAGCAACAGAUUUGACACAGAAUUCCCCUCUGUUCUCACGGGAAAGGUUGCGCCUGAGGAAUUCAAAACCAGCAUCAGCAGGGUGAAUGCCUGUCUGAAGAAGAACUUGCCAGUGAAUGUGAAGUGGCUUCUCUGCGGCUGCCUGUGUUGUUGCUGUACAGUAGGCUGCAGUCUGUGGCCAGUUAUCUGCCUAAACAAGAGAACGAGACGUUCCAUUCACAAGCUGUUAGAGUGGGAAAAUAACCGAUUAUACCACAAGUUGGGCCUGCACUGGAAACUAAGUAAAAGAAAAUGUGAAAGCAGUAAUAUGAUGGAAUAUAUUUCCCUUCUUGGACCUUCUUGGACCAGAAGAAGAAUCACUGGAUCAACAAACUAACAGAAAACGUAUAUUACGAUAUAACAUGACCUCAUCAAACUCUGUCAUCUUCAGACUAAAUCUAAAUAUUACUUCUUCCAUUUCCCAACAAUCUUUUCCUCACUAUAACCCAAAGUGUCAAAUCACAACCAUCAAAACGUUCAGUAACACUUAAAUCACUGCGAGCAGAUAUUAUAGUGCAAGAUUGAACAGUUUGGAUACAGCAAAUAAGAUACGCUUUAAAUAAAAAAAUGGACUGAUAUAUUCAGAGUCAACGAUUGUGCAACUUGCCAGAUACAUUUAAUCCAUCAAUCAAACUUUAUUUGUAUAGCAUUCAUGACAAUUCAUGACGAAUGUUAUCUCAAGACACUUUACAAAAAGAGCAGCUCUGGACCGUUAUCUUCAUUGUUUUAUUGACAGAGACCCCACAUUAAUCCACUUUGAACACAGCACUUUGCAAUUCAGUUCAUGCAAAACGUUUGAUUCUUUAUGUACAGUCAUUGAUAACAUAAUUAGUUUGGCUAACUGUUGCAAAUUUAUUUUAUAUUCACAAGAGACAAAAUACUGAAAAAGCAACACUGUAUCAAUGUAUAGAAAAUAACAUAUUUCACUAACAUUUGCAGCAGUGUUACAGCACAUUUUUGUUUCCCAUCAACAUCACGAGGAAAUGUUGUGAAUUAAUGCUAAGUUGUUCUAAAAAUAAUUGUCUUGUUUUUCUCUCUGCAGGUGAUUCUUAUAGAAUUCUUACCCAAAUAUCCUAUAUUCAGACCGGACUGAGGAGGCUGUUAGAGAAUGAAUGUGUGGCCCUUGAAUCUUCUCCUUAGUGCCUUGUAUAUAAAGUAUGUCGGAAUAAGGGUCUGCACUGGUGUCUGUUGUGAUGACCCCCCCUUACAUCUCCCAAUUUCUUGUACAUUAGAAUUUGCGACAGUGUCACUUUGCUUUAGAGCAGAUUUUGCACAUUUUCCCGACAGAACUCAACAUGUCCCCUUCGUUGCACUUGGAUGUGUUUUUUUUGUUACAUGUGGCAAACAAGUGAAACUCUCGAAAAAGUGCAUUUACCCCAAAGAACCAUCGACCUGUAUCCCAUCUGUUAGUUCAGUUAUCCCUUGCAAAGAAUGUGAUGCCUCCACCUUCCUUAACUAAUCCUUGCCUUAUGUAUGAUUUUUGAACUCUGCGUGUGAAAGGAGGACGUAGGCAUUGAGAAAUUCAACGAGUCUGUACGCUUCAAUGCUGUUUGUUGGGUUUGAAUCCAGUUCUUUGCGAGUAGAUGGGAUGGUUGAGAUUGCCUAGCGUACAGUGUACGUGUUCACCCUGUGUGUUUUCUUGACAUGUGACCCUCUCUGUACAUGGGAACUAGCUAGUAAAAGAACUUGACGUGUAAAUACCAUGUUAGGAUAAGCUGUACAGUGGUAUACCAUUGUUUACAUAAAGUUACUUAGCUCUUUAGUUUUUUUUUGCCAAUAUAUAUUGCUGUACCAUAGUUUUGAUUAAUGAAAGAUGUCUAUGUACCUUUCUAGUUAAUAUGGACCUGUUUACCUUGUAAGCCAUAUAGUUACAAUGUACAUGAUGCCAGAGUCAGGACUGAUGAUUGCACUUCAGUGAAAGUCAGAAUCUCCGAUGAUCCUGAAGAUUCAUCCAGUGACAACAGAAGUGCAUGUUUCCAUGUGAUGUUUGCCAAUAAAGAUGACAUGAAAUCACUGUCAUCUGUUCAAACUGGAGAUGUAUAAAUCUCUGAUGUGCAGUUGGAAGAUUAAAAAGAACUGUCGUUAUCUAUCUUAUCAUUUUAUCCAAACCUUGCAUUCAUUUUUUUUAUAGUUUUGUACUCUCCCUGUGCUGUGUUUGGUCCUCCUGAUGUGUUAUGAAGCACAUGAAUCAACAGUACAUAGGGUAUUAUGAGCAGAUUGUCUGUUAGUAUUAUUUCCCUGAAUCUUUGUCAACAGAUUGCUGCAUUGCGUUGUGUUAGAGUGCCUCUGGAGUAAUCGGUGAAUCACGGAGAAGUACAGGAUGAAAUCCUUGUACAAAGGAGAGGUUAAAUCCUCCUCCCAGUAUUGUCCCUGUUACAAUUCUUGUAAAUGUUUGUCCUCAUCCCUAUUGGGAGAAAAUAAAUUGAUCAUUUAAUUUUUUUCCUGCUG